AUGUCUUUGCCAUAUAGCAAAAAAGAUUUGUUUAACAUUGCCUUAAAAUGUGGAUUUGUUAAAGAAUUUGAUUUUAACUCAUUUGAAAAUAUUACAAAAAUCGCAAGAGGCGGAUAUGGUACGGUUUAUCGUGCUAAUUCAACAAAUUUAGAAAAACGUGUUGCAUUAAAAAGUUUGCAUGAAAAUGACGAAUUAUUUUAUGAAAAAUUUUUGAGAGAGUUAACCAAUAUCCUGGCUGUAAAUAACCAUGACAAUAUUAUUAACUUUUAUGGAAUCAGUAUAGGUGAAAGAGAAAAAUAUAUUAAUGAAACUCCAAUAGAUUAUAUCAAAAUAUAUUCAAGUGCAUGGAAAAAUGAUCCAAAUCAAAGGCCAACUAUUGAAAACAUUUUUGAUUCUCUCAAAAAUAUAAAAUUAGAAAAUAUAUAUAACGAAUAUCAAGAUAUUCAAUUAGAAGAUAAUAUUAAUAAUCUAUCUCAAGCUUCAAUGGACGUAUUCGAAAAUAUAUAUAACGAAUAUCAAGAUACUCCAUUAGAAGAUAAUAUCAAUAAUCAAUCUCAAGCUUCAAUGGACGCAUUCGAAAAUAUAUAUAACGAAUAUCAAGAUACUCCAUUAGAAGUCAAUAUUAAUAAUCAAUCUCAGGCUUCAAUGGACGUAUUCAGUAGAGAUUCCAUAUCUAUUCCUUCUUCAUCAACUACAUCAAAUUCAGGCAAUCCGAUUAUAAAAUAUAAUUAUAAUGAUUUUAAAAAUCUUAAAAAUAUUGGAAAAGGAACAUUUGGAAUAAUUUACAGCGCAACAUUAAUGAAUGGAAAUAUAAAUAGAAAAGUGGCUUUAAAAUCUAUAGUUGUGGCUACUAUGGAUUUAUUUUUUAACGAGCUUAAACGGUAUUCACGUGCAAGUUCGCAUGAAAAUAUAAUCGGAUUCUAUGGAAUUUCACAAAAAGACUUGAUAAUGUAUAUUUCACAGGGGAAUAGAGAAGAUCCAAUUAUUGGAACACCACAUGAUUAUAUUAAAAUCUAUCAAGAUUGUUGGAAUCAAUUCCCUGAUCAACGUCCAAAUAUUGGUAAAGUCGUACAAGAUCUCGAAUGUGUAGAUUUAACAAAUAUUUUAGUUGAACUAACGGAGUGA